AUGAUUUAUAAUUUAUCGGAAGAUGUAUCUUUAGAAGUUCUCAAAAGGGUGUUAAAACAAUCUAAAUUAAAAACAUUUUUCAAAUUGAGAAGAGUUUCCAAACAGUGGAAUAAAUUAAUACCAUUAGCAGUGCAAUAUAUUCUUUACCAUCAAGAAGAACGUUACUGGGGAAUAUCUAGACUCGCUUAUGACCUUAGAACAAAAUUUGUAUAUUUAUUAUCAUGUGACCCAAUCAAGAUUCACUUUUAUAAAAAAGAACGGGAACAAGUCAUUUGUAAGUAUUCAGUAGAAUAUUGGGAUUAUAAUGGAAAAUUGGAAGCAAUGAGAUCUCAAUGGACACUUAUUUCACCGAAUAUUGAGGCUGUUAAAGAAAGUGGCUUGUAUGGGGAAAAAAAUUGUCGAGUUAUUUUUAAAAUAGAAGAUAAAAGAUUGUUUAAAUUUGUUGAUAGAUUAAGUAAAUUUGAUUAA